GCAUCUAUUUCCGUCACCGAUCAAGCUUUCGUAAACGGUCUUCUUCUUAACACAACGUCGCCAAUGAAGCUAUCGAUGACAUCUCAGUCUCCUUCAAUGAAACUAUCCACCUUCCCCAAUUUUAGUAAAUAGAAACUUAUGAGAAAGUGAUGUGCGAAAAGUAUAAGGCCACAAUUUAUUGUUUUACAUUAACCAUUUAUUAAUUAAUAUAAUUCUUGUUGCAGGUUGCACCGGUUACGAAGGGCAUAAUCGCAUUAUUAUAUAAAAUACACCGUCUAUGUGUGGAACUUAGGUCAAUUUGUUAGAUAUUGAAUUAUAAUUUUUUUUUGUGAUAUAGAGUGCAAUUUCUCUUUCUUGAUUGUCUUUGCAUUGCCGGUUAUUUAUUACUCUCUGCUCUUCCUAAAGCUUCAUCCUUUUUUUUCUCCUGACAAGAAGGUAGAGGAUAUGUUUCCUGACAGCUCAAAGCGGGAAGAAGUUGUUACUGUUGAUGUGAGCCAAGCCAAGAUUCUCCUCCAGUCCGACCAUCAAUAUCUUGAUGUUAGGACUGAGGAAGAGUUUCGGAGAGGACAUUGUUUUGUACCUAAGAUCCUCAACGUUCCCUACAUGCUCAACUCGCCUCAAGGAAGAGUGAAGAAUCAAGACUUCUUGGAUCAAGUGUCUUCUCUUCUCAACCCAACAGAUGAUAUCCUUGUGGGUUGUCAGAGUGGAGCCAGAUCCUUAAAUGCAACAACUGAACUUAUUUCUGCUGGUUUCAAGAAAGUGAGAAACGUAGGAGGUGGCUAUCUGGCUUGGGUGGACCACAACUUUCCCAUCAUUAAGGAGCAGCAGCAAUCUGCAAACUAAGAGAUGCAUGCACCCUCUUUAAAUUUCCUUUUAAUAUAAUGCAAACUGUGAUGUAAUAAUAGCUAUCUCUCUUUCUCUGUAUUUAGAAUUUGCAGUGUGUUGUUGUGUUAUCAUAAAGAAAAAGAAAAGAAGAAACUGUGUUUUUUUUUUC